UAACACUCUUUGGGGAAAAUUGACAAGAACUCCGGUCAAAGUCAAAGCAACCCCAUCUCCACUCCCACACCCAAGGUCGCUACUUUUUGCUUCACAACUCAGUUGGAUUCUCGACAGCAUCUAAUCUAAUAAAAAUGCUUACAAUUAUCACAAUCCCACAAAACCCUUUUUUAUUUCCAUACCCUCUCCCAAACCCAAAACCCUCUUUCAAUUCCAAACCCUAGAAAUCAUUUUACCCCUCUUUGGGUUUCUUUUCUUGAAACCCUAAAUAAAUCAAGAACAAGGCUUGCGUAUUUUGUCUUCUUUCUAUUUCAAAAUGCCAAUGUUUGUUUCAAUUUACAACCCCACCACUUUUUUCAUGUUCUGAAACCCUAGAAAACCACAACUAGGGUUUUUUUUUUAGUUUUUUUUUUUUUAUGUUUCAAGUUCUUGUUUUUUCAAACGAUUUCUUUCUGGGUGUUGUUUAAGAUUGUUUUAUUUGGUUGAAAAUCAAGAAAAAUGUCUGCUUUAUGUUUUUUUAUAAACCCAAUUGGUAGUUUGGUUUGAAAUUCACCAAAGAUCAAGAAAAGGGGCUUUCUUUUUCAUUUUCUUGUUUAUAAUUCAUCUUUUAUAGCUGUUUUCGGGUUUUAUUUAAGGGUAAGAAUGGAAGAUUGUGAUCAAAGUAAGGUGUUUGUUGGUGGGAUUUCAUGGGAGACUACAGAAGAUGUGUUGAGGGACCAUUUUGGGAGCUAUGGAACCGUUGUGGGUUCGGUUAUUGCUAAAGAUCGAAUCACUGGUAGCCCUCGUGGGUUCGCUUUUGUUUCGUUCGCAGAUGCAUCAGCUCUUGAUAAAGUUCUUGUUGACAGUCAUAUCAUUCUUGGCAGAACGGUGGAAGUGAAGAAAGCAGUGCCAAGAAGUGAACAGUACCACAACCAGCAAGAACCGAACCGAGGGCAGAAUAGGAAUUUCAGAAAUAACGGUGCUAAAAGCCAGGAUAACUUAAAGACUAAAAAGAUUUUUGUAGGCGGGUUAUCUGCUAACUUAACAGAAGACGAUUUCAAAUUCUACUUUGAAAAAUUCGGAAAAAUAACCGAUGUGGUUGUGAUGCAUGAUAAUGUGACCCAUAGACCACGUGGGUUCGGGUUCAUCACUUUUGACUCGGAAGAUUCGGUUGAAGAAGUUAUGCAAAAAAACUUCCAUGAAUUGGGUGGUAAACUCGUGGAGGUUAAAAGGGCAGUACCUAAAGACGUUACUGGCGGCACUACUAGCGGCAAUAGGGAUUCUAACUUUAGUGGCGGUCAUCAACCGGCAGCCCAAUAUAGAGCUAGUUAUGAGGUUCUUCCUGGUUAUGGGUUGUUUCCAGGCUAUGGUGGUUAUCCGUACGGUGGCGGUAUGUUUGGUGGUGGUUAUCCGGUUGGUGGUUAUGGGUUGACAGCGGUUUCACCUAGGGUUCCAUGGGGUGGUCCUGCGAUGGUUGGCAUGAGGGGUGGUCCGUUGCCAUUGCCGGUUUAUCCGGCUUACAUGAACGGUGGACAUGGGUUGAUGGGAAUGGUAGCUAACGGUGGCAAUGGGAUUGUGGGACCGGUUCCGAGUGGGAUGCCGAGUCAACUCAGUGGUGGUAGUGAGCAACUCAGGGGGAAUGUAGAUAACAAUUCUUUGGGGUCAACUGGUGGAGAAGGUAGCAGAAAUGACCAAAGUGGUGUUGGAGGUAACAUGGACUGACUGACUUUAGUUUGGGACACUACUCAUACUGAUUGGGGUAUUUUGGUAAUUUAACCAUCAUAUCCAUUUGUUUAGGCACCUCUUUAACUUUUCUAUAAAGAUGUUGGUUUCUUUGUAUCAUUUCUAGUUUCAAUAAUUUAUGGAUUAUGGAUUUGGCUUUAUGUAAAAUAGUUGUUUAUAUUUGUGUUUAUUUGGC